AUGGAGUUCUUCUAUGUCUCUCUUCUUUGUCUCUUUGUCCUCCUGAUAUCCCUGUCCCUCCACCUCCUCUUCUACAAGAACAAGUCUGGCUUCUCCAGCUCCUUGCCACCGGGCAAGACAGGGUGGAUUUCAAUCCCUAUAGAUUUACCUGGAACACCAUUCCACAGGGCGAUCAAGGCCUCAAACUUCAUCAGAAAAGAACUUGUUUCAAUAAUCAAACAGCGUAAAAUCGACUUGGCUGAAGGAAAGGCUUCACCAACACAAGAUAUCUUGUCGCACAUGCUUUUGACAAGUGAUGAAAGUGGAAAAUUCAUGCAUGAAUUGGAUAUUGCUGAUAAGAUUUUAGGUUUGCUUAUUGGAGGCCAUGACACUGCAAGUUCUGCAUGCACUUUUGUAGUCAAAUAUCUUGCUGAGCUGCCUGAAAUUUAUGAAGGAGUCUACAAGGAGCAAAUGGAAAUAGCCAAAUCAAAAGCUCCUGGGGAAUUACUGGACUGGGAUGACAUUCAAAAAAUGAAAUACUCAUGGAAUGUGGCAUGUGAAGUACUAAGACUAGCCCCUCCCCUCCAAGGAGCCUUUAGAGUAGCCAUUGCUGAUUUCAUGUACAGCGGUUUCUCAAUCCCAAAGGGGUGGAAGGUAUACUGGAGUGCAAAUUCGACUCACAGGAAUCCCGAAGUCUUCCCUGAGCCCCUGAAAUUUGAUCCUUCAAGAUUCGAAGGAGCUGGACCGGCUCCUUACACAUUUGUUCCAUUUGGUGGAGGACCUAGGAUGUGCCCUGGAAAAGAGUAUGCUCGACUCGAAAUUCUUGUUUUCAUGCACCAUCUUGUGAGAAGGUUCAAGUGGGAGAAAAUAUUUCCAGAUGAGAAGAUUAUUGUUAAUCCAAUGCCCAUGCCUGCUAAGGAUCUUCCUGUUCGUCUCUAUCCCCAUAAUGCUUGGCUAAAUAUAUAUAAUUGAAAGUGUGAUCAGAUUUAGCUCUUUGGUAAAGUUAUAUAGUUUUAUUUAUAUUAGCAAAUACAAUGUUAAGUAUGAAUAAAAGUGAAAACAUGUGCUUUUAUAAGUCCUGAAAUGGAGAAUAACUAUUCCAUUUAAGUU